CGACUAUAAAAAUAUAGAAAUCGCUGCUGUAUAAACUUGUAGCAAUGCCCAUAACCAGCAAGUAUUCUGUACGUGUAUUGGUCCGUAAGUGCAGGAUGAAACGCCCCCUUGUGGUGUUGCCAUCAUCAUCGAUGGCUGAACUGUAUGCUGCUGUGGGGAAAUAAAGCUGCGACCUCCGAAGACGUGCAGAGGUCUGGGGCACAGGUCCAUUCACACCUAUGAAUUUCCGAGAAAAAGUCGGCGGAAAAUUUCAGCUCUAAAAUUCAGAUUUGUGGGUAAAAUGACUGAUGUCAUUACAAAGUAGAAUUGGUGGUGCAAAAGAAAAGUCAUCAUAUGGAUUUUUACGUUCAAAAUUGAAAGGGUUAUGAUUUUUAAAAGUACAAAGCCACAAUAUAAGAAAACGUGAAAUGGUCUGAAGACUUUCCGAAUGCGUUGUACGUGUUAAAAAAGGAAAAAAGGAAGGAUGCCAGUGCCUUUGAGGAACCUUCAACAGUUGGCUCUUUAUUUGGGUAUAGUGUCAGGAGGAGGAUGUGCCAUGAUGUAUUAUUUAAUUCAGAAGUCAUUUGCUCAGAAAGAAUAUUACUUGGGUGCACUGCAGAAACUUGAGUCUCACUCUAAUGUUUUAGAGAUGUUAGGAGCACCCCCACUUAAGGUUCACAAUCUUCGACUGACAGACAGAUACAAUCAUGUUGACAAGACAACAGCCCAGAUCAAGAUACCCGUGUCAGGAACCACAAUGGGCGGGUAUCUCUACAGUACAGCUGUCAAAGACCAAUUCAGCCGAAGGUGGAACCUUCAAGAUGUCAUUUUAAAACUAAAUAAUGGUGAAAGUGUCCCAAUUUACCAUUCAGAUGUCCCUGACAAUGAGGGGGAAGACAUAAGCAAUCAUGUAUCCUAAAUGUACCUAAUAAAAUCCCAAACACCAACUAAUGUGUUCAGAGCUCUUAUUUCUUGGUAUUUUCCAUCAGAACCUGAUCGGUUCUUUGAAUGCAGUAAAUCCUAAAUUGUGUGAAUGUAUAACAAAACCAAAUGAAGAAGUCACAGCUGUAUUACUUCUCCAAACAUAAUAAUUGCAGAACGCAAAAGUGUUAAAAAAAUGUAGCCAGGUGGAGAGACUUCUAUAGACCCCAGUCUUUAAUUUAAUAAGCGUUGUCUCAUCACAGUCUACACACAGAUUUAAUUCUAGAUUUGUCGCUCUGGUGCCAUGCCAUCCAGAAAACUAAUAAUUAUCACUGUUUCCUUUGAAUGGAGAUGUUUUAGAUGCACUUUCAGGAUAUCCUGCUGGAGGUCAGGAUUCCCUUCUUCCUUCUAUAUACACAUACAUGUAUUUUAUAGCUUUUUGAUGGCCAUUGUUUUUAAACAAACCGUGUAGUUUACUGCUGGUGUCA